GUGGCAAAAAGCUGGCGGCGGUUCGUUGGUGGUGAAACGUUGGCGGCGAAACGAUCGUUUCGGUAAUAAUAUUGAUAAGUUUAAUUAAUUAAUGGUAAUAACAUUGACUUUAUACAAGUAUUAAGUCAAUGGAUAAUUAUAAAGUAUUGGAAUAAUAUUAUCAUAGAAUAUUAUUAUUAUUAUUAUCCAUGUAGAGCCCUAAGUUGAUAUCAUAGAGUAAUUACUCUAUGGUUGAUAUUCGGAGGUAACCCAUAGUAACCACUGACUCUAUAUGAUAACUCUUAUCAAGAUGGUUCAAUGGUGGCAAGAAGUAUCUUAAAUCAUGCGCUGUGUUAUCAUCGAUUAUACAAGUCUUCUUCCUUACAAUGGUACUAUGGUAAACAAUAUUAAAUAUGUGUAUAUAUUUUAAACAUUCUUCUAUAAUUUUAAUUUAUAAUAGAAUUAAUUAAUUAACCAUUAUUUAAUAUCCAUUGUUUCAUUAAAAUAAAACUUAUCAUGGAUGUAGACCUAUUGCGUCCUGGUAUGAUUCCAAUUGCACCAAAUACAAAACUUUGGUUUGAAUUUCUGAUUGAACCGUCUCUCCUUGAAGAACAUUUAAAGAAGCCAAAUGCAGGUAUAGAUAUGAAGCAGUCCAUAAUCAUUUUUAUUCUUUGCUCUUAUUUAUAAAUAUGAAAGGAUUUUCUCCUCGAAUAAUUUUUUGAUGUUUCAAUAGACAUGGUGAUACAAAUGAAGCAGUCCAUUAUUCUGUUGAUUUUUGAACCCUGUUAAUCCAUCAGGUCUUCCAAAUCAUAGACUUUAUUAUAUGUUUCUACAUCUGUUAUCUUAUACAGAAUCUAGACAUUUAAAGCCACUCAUACUUUGUUAUAUUACUAUUUUAUUUUACUACUUUAUGCUAUCUACAAUAUAAUUUUCUUUGGAAAUUUAACUGUAUGCUUCCCUAAUGUUACCUAUUUGGUUUUACAAUUUUAUACCAAUAUCAAAAUCAUCAAUUAUGAUAACAAUUAAUCAUAAUAUUAUAAUAUAGAUAGAGUUAUUUAUCCACACUAACCUUUACACCUCUUUUAAACUCUUUAAAUAAAAUCAUGCAUUUCUGUAAUAGGCCUAAAACUUGUAACUAUUUAAUUAAUAAUUUCUUUACACAAAAUUGUGUUUAAUUACAUUAUCAAUAGAUCCAAGUGCCACUGAACUAUUAAUAAAAUUUCUUUAUUCAUCAAUGGAAAGACCAAAGGAUUCGCCUCCAAUUGAAAUUGAUGAUUUAAUGGAUCAUUCUAAGAUUGACAAAAAAAUGGAAUAUCGCAAACGUAAAAAAUAUGAAUGUCUAAAAAUAUUAUCUAUGAAAAUUGUAAGUUUUUGGGAAUGGGACCUGAGCAUCUUACAAACUAGGUAAUUUAUUUUAACCUAACGUUUUUUUUCAUAUAACUAUUAACGUGUAUCUUUACAUAUACUGUUAUUUGUAGGAUUCCAAUUAGUCUCCAGAUAAUAUUUGUUCAAGACCUUUUAGAUUUAGUAUCAAAUGGUCUCAAUUUGAUUGGUUUUGAAGCUCAUAUUGCAAUUGAAGAUUUGUCACUGUUAAAAGAUGAACAAUUAUUUGCCAUAGCACUUUUUCAUCGAUGGACUUUAACUGUUAUUAUAAAUUAUACACUAUCUAAAAAAUCAACAUUCACACUAGGUCCUAUACAGUGAGUUUGUAUUUUAUAUAUCUGUACUGGUUAUACUAUUUUAAAUACAUUUAGAUGUACACUAAUUUUAUUACCUAGUCAUGUCAUGUGAUACAUUCCAUGACUUCAUCAUCCCCUUAAUUGUACACACAGCCAUUCCACCAAUUGCCUUAACCCAAAUUGUUAAGAUUAUUAUAGUCUAGAAAAAAUGGUAUUGAAGUUAGGUACCAGGUGGCUCAGUAAUAGAACAAUCAUCUGGUAAACAAGAAAUUAUAAUUUGAUUCCAUCUAAUUUUAACCCUUUUUUUUCAAAGAAACACAAUUUCGUCACAUUUAUUCAUUUAUUUUUAUGUAAUUAUAUUAAUUUAUAUGUUUAAUUGUACACCUUUGCUGUGUAAACAUUAUUCUACAUUUCAAUGAUAUAUAUAUUUAUUUUUGUUUAUUUAGAGAUGGAAAUGAAGAUGUUUUAUUAAAACUUGAGAUGCAAAGCGAACUUAGUGAAAAAAUGUUAUUACGACUAAUGGACUUGAAACGACCAUCAUAUACAAUUCCAACAAUGGAUGUAUUUGAUCCACCUAAUGAAUUAAAACCUUUAUCUUGCAUUUGGUUUAAAGGCCUUACUGUAUCUUCAGCCGAAUUUCGUUCUCAAGUAUUUAUAAUUAUAAAAAUUCUUUGUACCUAUGAAUUUGUGGUAGAAAAUACAUGAAUUCAGUUAGAUCUUAAAUCUAAUUAUUAGUUUGCAACAGUUAUCUUGAUAUUAUUAGGCAGUAGGCCACGUAUUAUUUUCAAAACAUUUUGGGGGCCAUAUUCAUGAUAAAAAAUUAUUUAAUAUUAAAAAUAUUUGAAAUGAUGCAAUCCUCAGCAAGUGUUUGUUAAUCAAGUUGUAGUUUUUCAUUUGGCAGUUUUAUUUGUGAAAAAAUAUACUUAAAAGUUAAAAUAUUGCAUUAUACAUGCAGUACAAUCAUUUUUAAAAAAUAGUUCUGUACAUUUUGUUAUAUCUCCUUGUCUAUCAGUGAUGUCUCAUUCUAAUACUAAUUUUAUCAAAAUAAUAAAAAUUAUUCAUACUAUGCUUAUAAUUUAUUCAUAAGCUUUAAAUAACAAGAUGGUUCACUGGUUGAACACCCCAGGUUUAAAGUAUACAUACUUAUUUAAUUUAGUUCUAAUUGAUUUCAGGUAUUAGCUACCAUAAAUAUAUUAUAAUAUGUUAUAAUUCUGACAUAUAUUUAGAUUAUGUACGACUAUGCAAAAUAUAAAUUUUUCAAAGAGCAAUAUAAAGAAGCAGGUAUUUACUUCUACAUGUGUAAAGAAUUAAAUACAAAUUUGACACCAAGUCGUUUUCAUAAAAUAAAAUUUGAAGAAUUAAAUGGAUUCUGUGUAGCAUGUUCAUCAGAGAUAACUAAUGAUUCCAGUUUACUAAUGCAGUUUUUAUAUUCCACACAAUCAAAUUAUAAUGCAAGUAUAAAUCUAGUUUAUUUUAUUUUUUGAUAUGUGUGUUUUUAAAUACUAAAUUUGAUGGUGUUUUAAAACUUGUACUUUUCGAGUAUUAAUAACUAAACCUAAAAUUAACUUCGAGCAGUCAUUUAAAAAAAAAAAAAAAAAAACCAUUAGAUUCAGUAUUAAUUGACAAACAUUAAUCAACAAAAAUCAAUUAUAUUGUGAACUAAUUUUGUUUUAUAUUUUUUUUAAAAAAUUCUGUAUGUAAUAAUAAGUAGCAACAUUAUUAUUAUUUUUAGGGAAUUCUUAAAAUUUUAGAAUCUGAUAACCAGAUAAUGAAAAUUCCAUUAUUUUUGAGGGAUUCUUUGGAACUAGAUUUAGCAUCAAUGUUAUCAUUAGGAAAAUUCACUGCAUCAAGAGAUAUGCUACUUCACAUACAAACUAUGAAUGCAAUUCGAAGAGCAUCAGUAACUUCUAAAGAAAUUGUAUUAUUGCCUCCUGAAGAUUAUGUUACUAAAAUUAAAUUUAACAUGAGAGGUCCUGAUAUAUUUUUAAAGGUAUAAUUUUAAGUUCCUUAAUAAAUAAUUUUUAAUUAUAAUUUAAAUGUUGAGUAUAACAAAUGUUUGAAGGUAUUGUAAAUAAAAAUUUGAUGGAAAACAGUACUUGGUACUUUUUCAUUACUGUUAAGUUUAAUUACUUGAAAACAAAUAAAUUUUAAAAGUUAAAUAAAAUAUUAAAUUAUGUUAUGGUUACUUUGUGAGAUAGAUCUUUUCAUGAAAAAUUGUGUGUAUCAUAAUAUAAAAACAGAUUUUUCACAUUUUUUGAAAUAUUUUCAUAUUUCAAAAAAUGUUGACUUGAUUUUUAUAUUGUGUAUUUUUUCACAAUGCUGUUUUCCACUUUAUAUGUUGAAAUAAAACAUUUACCGUGCACAUUAUGGAAAUAUUAUAAUAUUAUCAUCAUUGGGUGUACAUCAUAUUAUAGUAAUAUUUAGUAAUAUUUAAAUGAUGUCUCUUUAGAAACUACAUUUUUAAAAUCAUUAGAAAAAUAAAAACACAGUUAUACAUACAAUUAUUGUAUACUGUUUUUCAAAUCUAUUAUUGAAUCUGAUAAUUAAAUCUAAAUUGUUUAUUCUUAAUAUCAUUUUUUUUUCACAAGGAUUAUUUAUUAAACAAAAGUUACACAAUGUUAAACUUUGGUGACCAUUUCAUGAAUUAUUUUUGUAUUUCACAAACUACAAAAACGCUUUUUUUAUUUCGUGAAAACAUCAAUUUUACAAAGUAGCUGUAAAAUAAUAUAUAGGUAUAACUUUAUACCUAUACUGAUUAUAAUUUUGUUUCAAUUUAGGAUUUAAAACUUUGUAUAGUGAAUAAGGAUGCAACAUUUAGAAAAACCUUGAAAAUGUUUGUGUGUAAUGUUUUACUAAAAUGUCCUAAAAACCUGGUGAAAGAUAUUUUGAAAGAUGGACACAAAGAAAUUUGUGAAUUGUUUGGCGAAGAAGAUAUUCAGCAAUUACUUUCAUUACCAGAAGAUCUACCAACUAUCAAUAUUAAUAUGUCCGAACGUUUGGAUCAAUUAAAAAUCACCCAAACAAGUAUACAUAUAUUUUCCAUGAAAUAUUAUUUUAUAUUUUCAUUUUCUUGUAAAUUUUUAGAUCGUAUAAAUGUUCAAAAAGUAUUAUUAAAGAACAAAAUUAGCACUGAAUAUAAUCCUAGUAAUUUACGUAACUUAUUACAACAAUUACACAAGAUGGAUAUGGAUCCAAUGUUUAGUAUUAUGGAUAUUAAUUAUAAAGUAAGUACUAAUUUUUUAUACCACAUAAUUAUAUGAUUCAUUAUUGCUUUUCACUUUUUUUUUUUUUUUUGUCUUACUAAUAAUUGAUAGAACAAAAAUAUUUUUUUAAGGUUUUCAUUGUAUUCUUAUUCUAAUAGGUAACUUGAAAAAUAAUUAUUUCAUCAAUAAUAUUACUAUGUUUUCACUGAGGGAUUUUUUGAUAUCUAAUUAACAGACUAAAACUCUAAAAAUAUAUUUUUGCUAUAUUACCAUUUAGAAAAAUAAAAACGAACAAUUUUACUCUAAUGUCCAUUCAAGAUCUGUUAAAUAAUUAAAUAAAAUAAGUGUUUAAUCAACUAUAUAUGGAAGUAAUUUCAUAAGAUAUUUUAGUGGUAUAAAUAUAUUCACUAAAAUUGAGAAAGUUAUGACCAAAGAUGAAUGUGAUGAAAAAAAAAAACUUAUAUAUGUUAUAAAUAAAUAUGAGUUCUGUUAUUUGUUACUACUUAUUACAAAUAAAAAGUUGCCAGAGACUUCUUGAAUUAGUUUUGACCAAUUAAAAUUUACCAUUAUUAUUACACUCAAAUACAUAAGUGUCCAAAUUUUGAAUAUAGACUUUUUUCAGUGGCAAGUACCAGUCCCAUUACAAAGUCUUUUAAUGGGUUUACCUAAUGGAAUGUUUAAAUUUUUGGUCAUUACGUUAGUAGCAAAAGCCAAAGAAAUGUUAAAGUUAAAUGUAAGUUUUAUUUUUAACAUUAAAAAUAAGACUAAUCAAGUUUUAUUUUAAAUUGUUAUUUGUUUUUUUUUUUGUUGAGGACUUUGAAAAAUCCAAAUUGUUAUUACAAGAAGCUGAAACGGAAACAAAAAUGGGUAGUAAUAUUAUUUAUACAAAAGUUAGACAAUUGAUUUCAUGGGAAGGAUUAUAUACUGAAAUGCUUCAAUUUCAACACGAAUUCAAAAAUUUUGGUUUGUAUUCAUCUGUAGAAAUAUAAAAAGUAAGAAAUUUAUGUUUAUUUUAAAUGGUGUUGUUUUGUUAAUAGUCAUUGGUGAUCUUGUGGAACGCUGUAAACAGUGUCUUGAGGCUGUCCAAAGUGAUAAUUUAUUACCACGUCAAGAAAUCGCUGAACAAUGUGUAUUAACUUUAUUAAAUGUUGGUGAAUGGGAAUAUUUAACAAAAAGACAUUAUAAUUGCUUUAAAUUGCCAAUGGCUAUUGCUUAUACUUGUCUUGAUGUCAAUAAAUUUAAAGGCACUAAAAAAAGUGCUAAAGAAGUAUGGGAUUUAGGUAAGUUUUAGAAUUGUUUUAAACAAUUUUUUAUAUACACAUAAUACUUGUUUAUUUAUUUAUUUAUUUAUUUAUUUAUAUUAUAUUUAUUUAUUAGUAUUAACUAUUUAAUCAUUUUGUUUUUACUUUAUUAUUUUAUUAUUUAAUUAAAUAUUAUAAUUUUAGUUUUACCUGUGUUUGAUUACGGCUAUGGUACUAGUAACAAAAGACCAUUAGAUGGUGACACUCAAUGUACUCAAAAUCGAGUUUUGAAUCAAAAUGAUAUAAUGCGUGUACUUAUGAGUUUAAGAGAUCAAAAUGCUAUUCAAAUAGCACUUUCAUUAUUAUCAAAAAUUCAAAAUGUUCUUAGGGACGAGUCUGCUUUGGAACUUAUAAUGCCCUAUCUCAAUAUUUGGCCUGCCAUUCCUAAGUUUGUUAACAUUUUAUUUUAUAUUAUUAAUUUUUUUUUUUCAUAAGUUAAUGUUCUUAAAAAUAUCUAAUAACAAUACAUUAAAUGUAUUCAACCAUUAAAUUAAAUCUGUUUAUAUUAAUUUUAAAUUUGAUUUGUGUCUUUUUUUAGUGGUAUGAGUAUUCCACUGAGAAACAUAACUGAAGUUUUGGGAAUUAUACUGAAUGAAGCACUUAAAUACCAUCCUAAUCAUAUAAUUUUAUUAAAACUUAAAGGAGAUCUGCAAUAUGGUAAUUAUAUUUUUAUAAUAAAAGCAUCCAUUUUAUUAGACUGAUAUAAUAUAAGAAAUUAUAGGUAGUACAUUAAAUUACUUUUAACAAAUUAAAAAAACAAAGGGUAACAGUAGUUUGAUCUCCAUACAUUUUUAAAUAGAUACUAGAUAAUAGAUUACAUGUUAAUAAUAAUACCAACAUGAAGCGGUAUCAACAGACAACAUAUUAUACUAUUUUUGUUAGUAUUUGGUGAUAUUUUUUAAACAAAAAGAAAAUAAUAUUGAUUUAAUUAAUAGAUAGUUGAUUAAUAUAACUAAUGGUGGUACCAAAAUUUGUUUAAGUCAAUUCGUUGAGGUACUAGAGCCCAAGAGAGAUAGCCACGUGAAGUCACAAGUCACACAGCGCGGUGGCAACCUAAAUUUUUAUAAGGAAAUUGCCAACACAGUCUAGAUUAUUUAUUUUUAUUUUUUGUUAUACUCAACAAAAAUUAAAAAUUAUGACAACUAUUUUAAGUCUAUGGUUGUUAAUAAAUAUUGGUGUACGUUUUGUCAUUUUAUUAAAUUUAAAUGUACAUAAUUAAUUUUUAUUACUUAUGUUAACUAUGAUAUUAAAAUAGGUAAUGAGGUAAUAUUUUUCGAUAUUUCACAUAAAUAUAUACUUGUAUAAUAUACUACUUAAUACUUCUUGUUUUGGAUGAAAAUAUAAUUAUCCAAAUAAAGUAUUUUUAUAUGUUCAUUCAUUGUUGUGACUACAGAGUUAUUUAUAAGAGAAUUGAAUAUAACAAAAAUUAUAAAUACAUAUUCUAGACCUAGAUUAAGUUGGUAAUUCCCGUAUAAAAGUAUAGGUCACUGCCAUGUGAUCUAGUUUUUUAUGAAAAUUUUAACUAUUGUAAUCAAAUUUGAAUGAAAAGUUUCUGAAUUAUUCUAUUUUUAGUAAUUGAUUUAGUUUAAUUAUAAUACAAUAACUUAGUAACUAUAAUUAGUUGUACAAUACGUGGCUAUCCUUCUUGAGCCCUACCGCCUUAACGAAUCAGUCUAUACAAAUUUUAGUAUCACCGUUAGUUAUAUUAUAUAAUAAUUUGUUAAUUGAACCAGUACUUUUUUUUGAUUCGUGGUUUUUUUUUUUAUAAAAAAAAAAAACGUAAUAAUAAUAAAUUUCUGGAAUAUUCUACCAAGGAUAAAAAUAUAUAAAGAUAUGGCAAAAUAAUUCAUUAUUAUGUGUCAAUAAUUAGUGAUUACUUGAUAAGUAUUGUUCAUAACUUAAUUUAAAUAAAUAAUAUCCUUAUUAUAGUAUUUACAUUUAUUAUAUGUAUGGCGAUUUUUGAAACGAAAGAUAUUCUUUAGAUUUUGCGGAAAAUCAAAGUAUUCAAAUAAAAAAGACAGGGAUGUUGGGAAGAUAGGACAUAGAGGGGAAUUAAAUGUAUAUCUGUGUGCAAAAAUUAAUCUUUGCUAAUGAAAAAUGAUUCUGAGUGGAGUCCGGUUUUACAUAUUUUGAAAGCCCCUAUUAUUUUAUAAUUAACUCCUAUUUUUCAUAUGAUUUAAAUAAUGAUAUAGUUAAAAAGUGCCAUUUUUAUAAGACACUAUAGAAUUUGUGAUAAAAAUUAAAAACAGAGUUCGAUGCAAGUUGUAGAACAUCAUCAUCAGAUUCGAAUCAUUUUAUGAGGCAGGAGAGAUUUCCCCAUUAAGCAUGUUUUUGAAGCAAAAAAAGCGGUGGCCCGAGACCCUUAACUACACUUAAAAAUUCCAAAAAUAAGAACUUGAAUAUUUGCAUAAGUAAAAAAUUAAAAAGUAAUUUUUUAUCAGUAAUUAAGAAAUGAAAAUAAAAAUUUUAUUUUUUUCUACAUUCAUGUCCCACUGGCACAAAACCUGAUUGAAAAAAAAAAAUUUAAUAUUGUCAAUAGUUAUUAGAAUUCAGAUAACAUUGUAGGGCCCCUCGGUUGUGUAAGUUUUAUAUUUAAUGUAUUACUUUUUACCAUAUGAAUCACAUACUUUUAGUAUUUUUAACUAGUAAUUAUUGUAUAUUAUACAGUAAUAUCUUGUUAAGACAUUCCCGCUUAAAACGUGGAUUUACGUUGUUAUGUUCAAGUGUUGAUGUGGUGCAUGUGACAUUACACAAUAUUUAAAUUUUUUUUCGUAUAAUUUGUUUUUUGGUAUUGUAAAAUGACAAGUACGUCUAUGUCACCUAGUAGUGCAGGAGUAAAUAGGUAAGCUUUGUCUAUUGAUGACAAAUUGAACAUUAUUAGACCAAACGAUGAAAAAAUAUGUGUUUGAACAAUAAAUUACUGACGAAUUAGUAUUGAUCCUCUCUCCGUUGUGAAUUCUGUGUCCCGUUUAAAACGUUUCAAGAGCGUAUUAGGCGGGUUUUAGUAUGUUAAAAUUAUAAAUAUGCUGGAAUUUUAUAUAUAUCAAAAUGCUCUGCCCGCUAAAAUUGGGUACAUUAAAAUUUCUGUGCUCCUAAAUUUCAGCAUUCAAUUAUCUUGCUACUUAAUGAAUGGUACCUUAAUUUCUAUGUUUGAUUUUUGUUUUAAAUUUCAGAAAUUAAAACUGUAUACUUAACAUGUGUAGUUACAUGUGUAUUAUAAUGAUAUGUGUAUUAAACUAUUAAAUAAAUAUUUAAAUAUAUUUUGUAAGUAAUUUGUUAUUCAAUUGAAAUAAUAUUGAAGGAGGCUACUUUUACUUUACUACACAAAUUUUAGUUCACUAGUAGUUCGGACAUUUAAUAUUUCUAUUUUAGGGUGUUUUUGUCUAUGUUUAAAUCAUUAUAUACAUACUCUUAUCUUGUGUUUUAUAUGCUUAAUAAAUUGUUAUUAAUUCUAAUAAUUUGGAAGAUAAAAUAUAUCAUCUGAAUAUACAGAUGGCAGAAGACAACCAUUUAACGAGAUUUGAAUAGUACUAUAUUUAUAAUAUAUAAGUAAGUAAUAUAAAUAAAUACAUCAAGUUCAUUAGUUAAAAUUUAAAUUAAAUUCAAAUUAUAAGUUAUAAUUAAAACCUCAAUUAUAUCCAAAUAGAACAUUUGUGGAAUGGUUGUCUUUUGCAUAACAUCAUUUAUUUAUGAAUUAAUAAAGUUAAUAAAGAAUAAAACAAUUACUUAAUUAAGAAUUAUACGGUAUUAGUCAUAUGGACAUUUAGUAAUAAAAUUUGAUUAUAUUUGCUUCUACUUAAAUUUAUCAGUACUUUGCAUUUUAAAUAAAUUAUUAUAAUUAAAAACAAAGGAUGUAACUGAAGUUCUAAUUCACUGUUAUGGGAAUUAAAUAUUAAAAAUAAAGAACAAAACAUACUUUUUUAAUUCAAUACUAUAAUAUUAUAAUCUUGUAGUAAUGGGUCACUACAGUUCUGCAAUGAAAUGGUAUCUAGAAGCCAUUGUUAUUGUCAGUGACUAUUUUGCACGACCUGUCCUAAAACCGAUGAUUGAAGAUUAUGUGUAUAAAAGAAUGAUGAAAUGUUGCAUGCAAAUGCAAAAUUUUACACAGGUUAGUCAAUAUUGAGUAGUUAAUAAGUUGGUCUGCAUUUUAAAAUUUGAUUAUUUUAUAGGCAGCAAUAUUAUGCUUAUUUCAAGAUGAAAUAGACUAUGCAACUGCAUUCAAAUGUGCUUCUGAAACAAAUUCAUGUGAUGCUUUGGAUGAAUACUAUGAUUAUAUAUGGGAUAUUAGUCUAUUGGAAUUCCUUAUAUAUUGGCAUACUAAGUUAAAUCAUCAAGAACAUAGACAAAAACUUGUAAGUAACUUUUACAUGUUUCCAUACAAAACUUAACCAAUAUAUACAUCUAUAUAAUGAAUAGUAAUUACAUUGAGGUUUUGUGUAGAGAAGUAUGUUAGGUAUUAGGAAUAAUAAUAUCCAUUACAAUUUAUUGGAAGUUAUUUUUGUAUUUAGUUUUUAUUUAUAUGAUUAUAUAAAUUCUAUAUACAUUUUGAAAGUACAAUUUUUUUUUUAAUCCUAUUUUUAAAUGGGGUGUUUUUUAAAUUUGUUUUAUGUAGCUGAAAACAAUUGGUGCCUUGGAGUUAAAUGCAAAUAAUAAUGAUGAAAUUAAAAGAGAAGCGGCCAACAUAAGAAAACUAAAAUUUUUAAGAGCACUGUCACAACAAUAUGUACACCCAUAAAAAAUCAACCAUAGAUACAAUGAUUUUAUGUAUUUAUAUGUCUACAAGAAUAAUAAAAAAAAAAAUGGACAAUGACUACAAGUACAUAAUUUGAAAUUUUAAUAAAGUAAAAUGAUGUGUUUGAUAAAAUAAAAACAUUUUGGUAAAUAUCAAUUUGGAAUAAUUUAUUUGAUAUUCUUUGUUUAGUAAAAUACAAAUUGUAAUUAUGACUUAGCCCUUAGGUUAUAAGACAAAUUUAUUUGUGAUAGUUAAAGAAUAUUAUCAUUGAUAAAUCACAAUACACAAUUUUUAAAAAUAUUUAUCAAACAUUAAAUUUAUUGAAAAUAUUGAUAGUACUCACGAGUUAAUGUACAUUAUUUAUCCUCCCGUAACUAUCGGUUCAAUUAUUUUUAUUUUAGUCCAAUUUGAGCAUUUUGUUUAAAUAUGACUUUUCUUAACAAGUAUACUUUUAAAAAGUAUACUAUAAAAUAUAAAUUGUAUACAAUUAUACAUAGUCAGUGCAUGACUAUAACAUCUGGAGCUGAUUUUGUUGAUUCAAUACUGUAUGGCCUUUGACUUAGUUCUGAUGAAAACUUAUCCAUUUCAAUAACGGCUUCAGCUCUAAAUUUUGAUGGUUUUGCAUCAGCCGAACUAUCUGAAUCUUUCCUGUAUCCAAAAGUAGAAAAUCCUAAUGGUGGUCUGAAAGGAGAUUCUGAUGGCCUUACUCUAUAAUGACCAGUGACUUUAGGCACAACUGAAGUGUCAAAAAGACUCUCCCUAGUUUGGCACUCUAUAUCUUUAGUUUCAGUUGUCAUUGGAUAGGAACUCAUCAAUCCAUCACCUUCUUCAUCUUCAACAGAAGUAUAAAGACGAGGAGGGUCAUGCUUCAUUAGUACUGGAAUAAGAUCACCAGAUGGAACAUAACAAUCAGAACUAGAUGUGUUAAUAAUGUGUUUGUUUUGGAUUAAAUUAGUGGUUUGACUACUGUUAUCACUUUGAGGAUAGUCAUGUCCAUGGGGACCAGAAUCUUCGAGUGAUUGUUCGUCUGUAACAUUUAUUCUUCCAAUUUGAUCCAAAUGAUCUUCUCUUGAAUGCCGCAUGUGUUCCUAAUUUAAGGGUGUAAAUAAUUUAAUUUAUUAAAGAAAAAGAAAAUUAAAUUAUGUGUUUUCUAGAUAUAAACACAUUUGAAAUUCAUAUACAGUAGAAUCUGCUUAAUGGGGAUGAAUUGUCAUAGUCUCGAACGAAUGUAUUCGUUUAAGGCAAGACCUAAAUUAUCUAUCUACUUCUUAUCGAAACUGUAAUUAUCUAAUCUUUAUAGCUCUAUUAUAUAGGUAAUCAUUUAUUUUUCUUCUACUACCACGAUAAGAGUCGACUAGCCUACGUACAAAAUUGAAAAACUUUAGUUCGCGUUCUUUCGUCUGCGUAUUAAUGUAUGUGUGUUUUUAUUGAUCUCAGUUUGUGUUAAUACGUAACAAUUUACGUUUCGUAAAGAUUUAACGUUGAUUGAAAAAAUUUCUAAUCUGGAUAAAAUUAAAGCUCAACCUCAUUCUUCCAGUCAUCGUGAGUUAGAGAAAAUAAUAGGCAUCUCUAAAUCGGUACUAAGCCGAUUGAAAAAUAAUGAAAAAGCUAUUCGUGAACAGCCUAAUAGAUGACAAAUAGGUCACCGCCCAAUGUGUCCCAAUUAAGCGGAUUCUACUGUACCUCUAAUUAUUUCCUUAAGUAAAGAAUUAUUAUUAGAAAUAAUAAAGUCCACAAAUCACUUUAUUUGUAUUUAAAAAGCUUGCAAAGUGAUCUGAUUUUGAUCUUUUUUGUUAAAAAGAAGAAAACUUCUUUAUGCAUUGGACUUGGAUUAUGAAAAUUAUAUUUCUAAACACUAUAUUCAGUGACCAAUUUUAAUCAUUAUUUUAACUUAUUUUUCUAUUGGUUUUUAGUUACAUAAUCAAAAGUCAAUUUUCUAUUUCCUCUUUUCAACAAAAAACAAAUUUUCUAAAUCAUUAAAAUGUUCCCCUUAAACUGGUUUAAAAAAAAAAAAAUUUGUUAGGAAUUAUUAAAAUUAUUAAUUGUCAAUGUUAACAAUGUAAAAAAAAAUAUUAUCAGGAUAAUGGCAGUUUAAUAUUAAGAGGUAUAUUAAAAAAAUAAAAAAACUGUAAUAAGUACAAUAUAUUAUAGUUCAUCGAACUUAAAAAAAAAAAAUUACACUGAAUAUAUAAAUUUUAUUUUGUACACCUAACCUAUAAUAUAAUCUAUACUUGCUAUUAAUUUAACAUUUUUUUUACCACUUACUUUAAUAAUUCGGUGAUCAUGUACAAGUUUUCGGAUAAUGUUGGUGAUGAAUGCAGAACACAUACCACAUAAUAUUAAAAAAAAUACUACCAAGAUAACUAUUAUGUCAAAACUUGAGAAAAGUAGCAUUAAUCUGUUGUCUUCUUCCUAAAAUAAUGUAAUCUUAUAUAGUAUCUAAAAUAAUAAUUAAAAAAAUAUAUAUAAAAUAAAAAAUAUACUGGACAUCCAUCUUCAUCCCAUCGGAAACGACAAUUUUCAACUUGGUUACAACGUAAUUCAGAUGCUAUACAAGUUAGAUCUUCACAAUCAUAUUGAUCAGCACCACAAGCUAGAAAUAUUUUGAAAAUGUCUAUGAUAUAUUACAUAAAGAUGAAAUACAAUUUCCUGAUAAAUAGUUCGACAACAUAUUACUAAAAAUAUUGUUUUAUAAUUUAUUGUGGAUUUAGGAAUUAGUUGAAUGUAUAUUUGAAGCUAUGUCAAAUUUAUUUAAUAUUUUAUUGUCAUUUUUUGUGAGAAUAUGGAAGUUAGGUUUGCUUGGUUUAUACCUAUACAAGAAGCCCAUUUUUAUAUAGAAAAUAUGCAGAAUAAAUGUCUUAUUACAUUACCUACCAGCACCAGGCUUAUCAACAAGCAAGUGAUUAAAGAGAUAACAUUUUAGGGGCUACUUAUAAAAGAAAAGGGCAAAAAAAAAGGAAAUUUUUUUUACCGCAAACAGUUCUUAUAUACUUAUUUUAAAAAUGUAUGUAAAACAUCAACAAUUUACAAAUAUAAUGAAAUUAUUCAUAUUUCAUGUUUUUGGAAGAAAAAAAAAUCAAUGAAAAUAUUGUACCUACCUAGUUACGAGUUGUCUACUUAAUAUUUCCAAAUUUAAUUUGAUUUUGAAUAAUAUUUGAAUGUUUUUUUUUUUUUUUUUUUUAUAUAAAAAAUUAUAACAAUAUUAUAUAAACAUGAUUUAUAUGUAUUUUGGUUUUACGUGUGAUUUAAUAAUAAAGUUAUAAAGCAGUAUACUACCAUAAAUAAUGAUUUUACAUAAAAUAAAUAAGAUACAUUUAUAUCCACAUGGAGGUAAAUGAUAAGAUACUAUUUUUGGCCAAAGAUAAAUACAUGCCUCAGUUAAUAAGUUAUGCUAGACACCUACCUAAUAAUAUUAGUAAAUCAUGGUGAGUAGCAGCCAGUAGGUAUGUAGAUACAUAUUUAGUGUAUAACAAUAGGUACAGGUAUUAUAAUAUUAUCUAUAAAUAUUGUUAUACUUACUAAGGUUUUAUUAACUAAAUUUUGCUACCUACCUUCAUCUUUUGUUUUAGUACGGUAUGCAGUAAAAAGUGCUGAAAAUUUUGAUUUCACUCCAUUCCCUACUGCCAAAAAUCGUACAUGCAAUUUAUUACUCGGCGAUUGCACCAUUUCUGCAAUUGAUCCACAAAAUACCUUCAGACGUGAAGCCAUAUCUGUACGAUUAGAGAAAAUCUCUACUACAUUUAAUCCACAAUCGUUUGGUUUUUCCAAUGCAAAAUCUUUAAAAUUAAGCUGAAUCUAUAAAAAGUGUAAUAAUUUCAAAGAAAUGAUAUUUUUAUAUUAAAUCUAGUUUAAGAAUGAAUACCUUCCAACCUGGUUGUACUUCUAUAAUCCACAUACAAUCUAAUGGAACUUUGUCAUACGUCUUAUUAUUUAUUUUGGUUUUUAAAUCUUCUAUAUCCGUACUAUUUAUGUACCCUUGAUAACCUUCCACCUUUUUACGCCAUGGCUGGAGCUCUACUUUUUCUAUGUCUAGACAUUUUUUUUUUUUGAAAUGAAUGUAUUAACAAUUUUCGAUUUAAUGACUUCUGUAUUCAAAAU